CUAUGCUGCUGUGGAAGCGGCGGUAAGGGGGGGGAAGAGCCAAGAACCAAAAGUCGGUGAUAGACGAGGAGGAGGAAAAAUAAAUAAUCAUGCCUAAUCCGUGAAACCUGCAGUUUUGUUUUGGGUUUUUUUUUUACACCGCAACGCCGUGCAUCGUUCACGCUGCGUGCGCAAAAGGGCCAAUCGAGGGUAAUACCUCACUGGCUGGUGUGACCCAGGACCCUGCAGGCCCACCAUCUCCCAGGGUGGGCCCCGAUAAACUGGACCUCUUGGGGAGAAUAAGGCUCCCAUGGCUACCCCCAGCUAAAGAGCUAAGCCCCCUUCUCCACCUCCCCUGUAUCACUGUUCAUUGCUUAGAUGUGAACAGUGAUUCCUUCCAACCAAUUUGCUUUAGAGUACUAUGGCAAUGCAUGAUAUGAGUCGUGCCAAGGGUUUCCCCUGUAAAGAGUGUGAUAUGGUUUGUCCGAGUACUCCAAGUCUUCUAGAGCAUAUGAAAGCACAUUAUCAGCAAGAAGAGACUGGACGUUUUGAGUGUGAACAGUGUGGCAGAAUUUACAAGCACGCAGCUAGCCUAGCAAAUCAUAAAAAGUCACAUGAAGUAGGAUCCUUUCAGUGUCCGGUUUGUACUCGUACCCUCCCUAAUGCUGUAGCUUUGAAGAAUCACCUUCGUAUCCAUACAUUGUCCCCUAGUAGUACGCACGCAGAAGAAGAGAGUGAAGAAGUACCCGAAGAAGCAGGCCACGACGAGAGGGACUACAGCCUCGCCCAAGAACUCUCGGACGGGUUUGGGCGUUCUCAUUUGAACAAUAGUGGUAUGGGACAUAGUGUCCUACAAAGCCACGAGACAGACGACCACGGAAAAAAAGGCUCCCCUGAAUCCGACGACGCUUGGGACAGACCAUUCAAGUGUGAUCAGUGUGACAGAACCUACCGGCAUCACGGUAGCCUGGUGAACCACAAGAAGUGUCACCAGCAAGGAACUUUUAAGUGCUCUGUGUGUUUUAAACAAUAUAGCAACCUGGCUGCCCUAAAUAGCCACGAGAGAACUCACUCCAAGUUCAAGACCCCUGGAGCAUCAAUGGUGAGCAGCAGCGGUAGCAGCAGCCUCCAUGACUCGGAGCGCAGCAGUGGUGCCCAGUCAUCCCAGAGUGAUGACACGGCAUCCUGUUUCUGCCACUUGUGCCAGAUAGCGUUGCCGAAUAAGGCUGACUUUCAGGAGCACAUUCUGUUACACAACGCAGCCACACCCUCUUUAGGACUGCCACGCAGUUUCCCUGGCAUCAUGCCUCACAAUCUGAGUGCGGUUCGAUCCCCAGCAUACACUCCUGCCCUAGGGGACCCUCUGCCCCUUCCACCCCUGCCAGGUGAGAAAAGAGGUCCCUAUGAUCCCAUAAUGGGUCCUCCAGUCAACAACCCCAUCUACACAUGUGCAUAUUGUGGCGCUGGACAUCCAGAUUUGGAAACCUUAAAAGUCCACUAUCUGACUCAUGAUCCCCACCCUGCCUCCCAUGGCCAAGACAGCUCAAUCCUCAACUCAGACACGCUAAGCUCUGGAUCACAGGGUUCUGUGUCCUCGCCUUCAGGAGGCCGUGUGCCCCAGGCCAAUUCUCCAGAUGACGGAGAGCGGCGCUUUAAGUGCGGAGAAUGUGGCAAAAGCUACCGUCAUGCAGGAAGCCUGGUCAACCACAAACGCUGCCACCAGACAGGCCACUACCAGUGCACCAUUUGUUGUAAGCAGUACCCUCACCUGGCAGCCCUACACAGCCACCUGAGGAGCCACAAGGGGCGUGGCUCCAACCAGCCUUUAAGUAAUGACAGCAACGACUGGCUGUCACCAGAGCCCCUAACCCUGGACUCCCAGCAGAGCUAUGUUCAGGAAGGCAGUGGUGCCACUACUCCAAUAUCACUGCCAGGAAAUCUUGGUGACGCUGCCCACUUUGUACCAGAUGCUGGACACAGCAGUGGGCUUGACUCGCUUGAGUUCCAUGAUCGCUUUGAUGGCAGCUCACUCUCCCAAAGCAACUCUGCCCACCGCCAGGCGGACAGACAUGUAUGUGCAGACUGCGGUGAGAUGUAUGCAGAUGUAUCUGGUAUCAAGUCGCACAUGUGUCCCCGCCGUGGCCAGCAGCAACCACAACAGCAGGGCAACAUGUCUAACGGUUUUAUGGGGAGCAUGAAUUACCACAGCUCCAGUGGGACUUCGCUCCCUGCCGGUAGCUCUAGCAACCUAAAAGAAGGAAGCAGUCAAAGGCAGUACUCCCAGAGCGGAGGCAAGAGAAUGGGGAACAAUGACAAAGAUGAUGAUGAUGAUGGUGAAGUGUAUCAGUGCUCAGUGUGUGGUAACCACUAUGCCAGUCUCAGAGCCCUAAGAAGCCACCUGCGUAGCCAUGCCAACAACCCUACAGCUCCAGGACCUUCCAACCUUGAUCAAGAAUGGAGGAUGAUUUGCUCAACAUGUGGGCAGAGCUUCUCUAGAAAGCAGGACCUUCUGAAUCACCAGCUAGUCCAUGGCCCUCAAAGGCCAGACGGACAGCAGCCUGUUAUUGGAGGCGGUUCAGCUAAUGGUAAUGACAAAAUGGAUGGACGCAACCACAUUUGUGUUGACUGCGGCAUGUUUUUUGCUGACCGCCACCACCUGAUUACCCACCUGUGCCCUGGUAAGAAUCGGGGCAGCUCCCUGAGCAAGCAGGGCCUGAAUGGAGCAAAAGGGAUGUCUGGUGGAGAAGGCGUCGGUGGUGGGGUAGCCGGAGGAAGUCGUGAUGUUGGUGGGGAUGGACGUAGACCUAUGGUUGACCAAAGUGACAAGCCACACAAGUGUGAUCAAUGUGGACGAGGAUACAGACAUCCCUGCUCACUCCUUAAUCACAAGAAGUCCCAUAAAACUGGUGUCUUCCGCUGUUUGGUGUGCCAGAAACGCUACUACAACCUUUUGGCUCUCAAGAACCACCAAAGGACCCACUUUGAUCUGAAAAGGCACAAGUGCGAAGAAUGCGGCAAGGCUUUCAAGAUCCAAAAGCAGCUGAUCAACCACCUCCGUCUCCAUGAGGAGCACAGAGCCAAAGGCCUUGUUAGGACUGGACCCAACGGUUCCCGCUUCCAGCAGGCUGGCCCAUCACAAUUGCAGACUAUGAGAGGAGAGUCAUCAAAGAGCCAGGUGAUGGGUGUGAAAUACAGCCAUCAAGGGUUCAAAAAGCCCUACUCUUCAGCUGGAACUUCCAGGCCCCAAAAGUUUGACCCAUCUGAAACUGGACGUCGGCCUUUUUCCUGUGAAGAAUGUGGAAAAACGUACCGCCAUGCAGGAAGCCUGGCUAAUCACAAGAACCUUCAUAAAAUUGGAGAGUAUCACUGCAAUGUUUGCAACUCAACAUACCCAAACAGGCUAGCAAUGAAAAACCACCUACGACUCCACUUUGCCCAGAAGAAGCACAACUGCCAAGAGUGUGGCAAGGGCUUCCGUACUCAGAGACAGCUAGCUACCCACACUACAGCUGGCCUGUGCAAGGGUCCGCAGGGCCCGGGGGUUCAGAUGGACUUUGAGUGUGAUGGCUGCUGUGAAGGCUUUACCACAGCUGAUGAGCUUGCAGCCCAUGACUGCCCUGCCCAGCACCUGCCAUCAUCCUCCUCCACCAACAGCUCCACCAACAUCAGCAUGGAGAGAACCUCUGUGGACCUGGACUCCGAUGAGAGACCCUACGCGUGUGACUUGUGCAGCUGUGCCUAUAAGCAUGCAAGCUCCUUACUAAACCACAAGCACACCCACAAGACAGGCAACUUCCGGUGCAACUUUUGUGACAAGCCCUACACCAACUACAUGGCGCUGCGCAACCACAUGCGUAUCCACACUCAGCGGAAGAAGCACAUCUGCCACACGUGUGGGAAAGCCUUCCGUCUGGCCCGGUUCCUCCGUAACCACCAGAAGGUCCAUGAGGAAGGUGCCACCCCCUUCGGCUGCCCAACCUGUGGCAAGAGUUUCCAGGGCAGAUCUGGUCUGGCCAGGCACCGCUGCGGGGACAACCAGGUAGGCAUGGAAGUCAGAAGGAAGGCCACUGCACCUGCGGGAGAGGGCGAAGAGUGUCGGUACACAUGUGAUCAAUGUGGCCGCUCCUACCGCCAUGCCAGCUCCCUCCUUAACCACAAAAACACCCACACUGUCGGCAUCUACCACUGCGCCGUGUGCCUGAAGACCUACUCUAACCUGCUUGCCCUGAAGAACCACCGCCGUAUCCACUCAGAGACACGGCGCCACCGUUGCCACGACUGCGGCAAGGCUUUCCGUGUUUCGUCCCAGCUCUACAACCACCGACGUGUCCACCAGAAGCAGCGGGAGCUGACCUGCCGGUCCUGCCAAAGAGCCUUUCCUACGCAUGCCAGCUUCAGACUCCACAUGGAGAUUACCCAUGGUCAGGCACCGCAGCCCCGCCAGCCCAGACCCCAGCAGCCCCGACCAGGGGGCUCCCAGGAGCUGGGCUGGGGGUCAGGCUUGGACCUCACCUUAAUGCAAGAGCAAGGACUCAACCCAAGUAGCAUGACCAAAGCCCGCAGCAGAGGGGGCAACAGUGAGGUCAUCAAGUCCCAUGUCUGCGACCAGUGUGGACGCUCGUACCGCCACGCCAGCUCCCUGCUCAACCACAAGAACAGUCACAAGACUGGGACCUACUUUUGCAACUCCUGCCAGAAGGAGUUCCCCAACCUGAUGUCCCUCAAGAACCACCGACGGAUCCACACUGAGCCCAAACGUUACCAGUGCCCCGACUGCGGCAAGUCGUUCCGGGUGUCCACACAACUCAUCUGCCAUCGACGCAUCCACACCAAGGAGAAACCGUUCUCCUGCCAGCAGUGCGACAAACACUUCUCUUCCAAGUCCAACCUGAGGCACCACAUGAAGGUGCACUGGAGCUCCACGGCGCCCCCUCCCAUGGCCAUGGGUGCGCCCAACUUCCUGGAUCUGAGUCCGGUGGGUUCAACCGACAGCUCCAGGAGCUUCGUCUGCAAUCAGUGUGGCCGCUCGUACCGCCACGCCAGCUCCCUGCUCAACCACAAGAACAGCCACAAGACGGGGACCUACUUCUGCCACGCCUGCCAGAAGGAGUUCCCCAACCUGAUGUCCCUCAAGAACCACCGACGGAUCCACACGGAGCCCAAACGCUACCAGUGCCCCGACUGCGGCAAGUCGUUCCGAGUGUCCACGGCUCUCAUCUGCCACCGCCGCAUCCACACCAAGGAGAAGCCGUUCACCUGCCAGCAGUGCGACAAAAGUUUCUCGUCUCGGUCCAACCUGAGGCACCACAUGAAGGUGCACUGGAGGGGUCCGCCGUUGUCCAGAGGGAGGCCCUCCGCUUUCCUCACCGUCCCCUCCAGAGCUUUCAUAUAAACGUUCGACCUUGCUGUUUUUUUCUGCCUUUUGUCCAAAGUCAGCUUCUGGAACGCUGCGGAGAGGGUUUGGUCUGUUGAGGGGUUUAAAUCUUGGAAGCAAUUGAAGGUCUGCCAGUAAACCAGAACACCUUUUAUCCAAUUUAAAUCCAGCAGAUGCACAUGACUGAACGACUUCACCUGAAAAUCACAGAUCUCAAUCCACUAGCUUUGAAUGUCCCUCUUUCUCCCAGAAGGUCGUAGAGUUUCAGACCGAGACGAGUUCUUCUACGACUUCAUGAAACACGAGGAUCAUGUUGGUCAAAUCUCGACCCAACAUGGAAACGCCAUGGCAACGCUCAACCCUAAAAGACAAGAUUUCCAACUACACACUUUCAGAACAAUUACAGACAGUGGUUUACAAAGUCAAAUAUUUUAAUAGUACAAAAUUAUUUUUGAUUCAAAAAGAUGUUUUUAGUGUUGAUUAAUUUUUCCUUCAAACUUUCUGAAAAGAUUUAAACCCUCACAUCGUUUCUUCGUCUCUAAAAUACGACGAUGAAACCGUCUCCAGCAGCGAUCCUCUCUCCGUUGACCAGAAACAUGGAAACUAAAGCUCUCCUUCAAUGGAUUGUAAAUACCUUGUUUGAUCGCUUUUUUUCUAUACUGACACUUUUCAGGUCACUUCCUGAACAUUUUUAUACAGGAACAGGAAAUUGUUAGUAAAAUGAACUAGAAUCAGAAUGCGAUCAGAACAGCGAGACAACAUCCUGACCUUCACAGAAGUCACUUGACUCCGCCUCUUCCUGCUAAAGCUACAGGUAGCAGCAGGAAAGGUGAAAUGUAAUAUUCCAUAUGCAGAUUUGUUUUGACAGGAAUCCAUUUCAACUAUAGGUUUAAAUACAAAGAUGAAUAUAUCAAAUGUAAGGCUAAUCUGGCAAGAAUCUGUGAUUAUUUCUGGUGGUUGUAUCAGGUUGGUGUCACUCCUUUUUUUUUUUAAAUCCCGUUUAAUUUGGCUUUUUCUGAUGAUUUUGAGGCAAAUGGCGUCUUUUAUAUUAAGCAGAAGACUUAAAUAUAAAAAGCUGUGAUUACAUGAGACGGAGAAAAAGAGCGAGAGGAGUAAACGAUGCGUUCAGGAGCUAACCUAUCAGAUGGAUUUCAGAGGAACUGUCUGCUCGGUGACAUAGCUGUUUCUCUCUGAUGAACUAAAGAACAAAAAGUCAUCCCAGCGUUACUUUUUCUGACGCUAAAACGUUUUAAAACCAACUGGAAGAGAUGCAGCAGUGAAACCUGGAUGACUUAUAUACAUGGACAUGCAGAAGGAUAUUUCACAUUUUUAGCGCUUCAGAGGACAAAAACUGCAUUCUCCUCGUCUUUUGUAGACAUUUCAGACGUAGAGAUGAGAAGCAGAGUGUGUUUCCUGGAUGCUCUAAUGUCAGGAUUAAAAACUGUUAACUUCACCUGCACCUGAAGGAAUUGAACCUAUGAACUCGUAAAGUGUGACAUUCAUCCUCUCUUUCUCUGAGGGGGUGUUGAGGUCAGAAUCUGUGGACGUCUUUUUAUAAACUCAAGGUCGAAAUGGACGCACGCCAUGGGGGGACGUUUAUGGACGAUCGGGGUCGCGGUUCUUCACGGAGAGUUUUAGUUUCACGUUUGAACCGGCAGCUGUCGGACAGCGAGGCCUCAUAACUGGAUCAACACAUUUCUGUCGCUCUUCAGUCCGAGUCAAGAGUGUUUUUCACUUCAGCACUAAUGUCAGCUAUGGAAGUCCAUUAAUGCCCCGAGGAGAAAAAAAAUCUACCGCUUAAUCGUCUUUUAUUGUUGGAAUCUAACAUUUGUUAUCAUCAAUAGUUGGGACAUUGUGUCAGAUGUGUACAAAACAGUAAGGAAUAAAUUGCGGAUAUUUAUUGGCAUUUAUUCAAUUUAAAUCUAAAAUAUUAAAUCUGAUCAACUUGGGGCGCAGGUGGCUCAGUGGUUGGUGCACCUUUGAUUGGGAGGACAUCUGUGAGUUAUAAACAUUAAUUUUGAAGUUAAAACUGAGAUGAUAAAUAAGAAUCUCUUAAUUAUUAGUUUCUCAUGAUUGAAGGAAGAAUAUGUGACAUUUUACAGCAGAAAUCCAGAUAUCAUCUGUAAAUGUCAUGACUGUCUACAACGAGUGAGAAGCUCGAGUCCCACCAGCUGUGUUGUUGUCGGAGCCGUGUUAACAUCAUGUUUACACGGAGAAUCAAGUCGGUAGAUUUUUUCUUCUCCUGGUGUUAAUGGGCUUUUAUAACCAGCGGUUAAUCUUCUAUACGUCAUUUUAAUGUCAUUUUUUUUUUAAUCUUUAGGACUUGAUGGAUUUCUUUAAAUGAAAAAGCUGACGUCGGGAGCCGUGAAGCUUUGUCUCUGAAGAAACUCACCAAACUCAGACUUCUUCCCCUUGUUUGUUUCUGUGCAUUUAGUUAGAUUUCUUUGGGGGAUGUUUGUACGUUCUUACUCCUGAUGACUUAUAUACAUAGUUAGAGGGUCGUUGGUACCGACUAAAGACAGUGUAGUAUUGAAAAGUAAUGAUGUGAUGAUAACUGUUGAUGUCUUCUGCUGUCACUUUGUCACAACCUGCAGGAGAACACGUUCGUAAAAGGUGAUCAAACUAGAUGUGUGUGGUCUCUAUAGUUCAGGCCUGGUAUAUUAUCUGACAUGUUGUUGAAAAAGAUACUGCAGAAUCUGUGACGGCCAUUUUGUAACCUUUCCUUAAACCAAAAUAUCUACAGCUCUGCGCGUUCAUUAAAGACGCCCCACCCACACCCCCACCCCGACCCC